AUGACAGAUACAGGAAGGAAAGAUGGACUUGUUAGAAACCUUUAUAUGUUUAGGGGUGAUCAGAAGCAAUGUCCAAAAUUAUUAUUUUACAGAAACCAUCAAGUUUCUGCCACACUCCUUCUGGCAGUGACUCAGGAUUUUUCUGUCCAAGUUGGUUUACCACCCCGGGAUGUUCAAGAUCGUUAUAAGGAGAGAGCAAUGUUUUUGGGAAAGAUUAACAAUAUCAGUCAACUAGCCUGUAGCCCAGAUGGGCAGCUCUUCUGUAUCCGUGGUGGAGACCUGUACAGAGGUCCGAUGCCUUCCAAGAAAGAUGUGGAUUGGUUUGCGGUGGCUCAAAGAGUUGGAAGAUUUGACUGGAACAGAUGUAAACGUAUUUUCUUCCACCCUAAUGGAGAAUUAUAUGUCACCACAAAUGAAGGAGAAUUGUAUAAAGGUCCUGCACCAGAUAAUGAGCAUGUACCAUGGCUCUAUGAUCGGGCAACAAAGAUAGGAAGUAGGGAUUGGAAUGCGUAUGCGGCAUUGGUCAUUAAUCAAGAGGGCACACUCCUUGCUGUGGGAAAUGACAGACUUUACUCGGGUGCACCACCUACUGAUGAAAAUGUUCCAUGGAAAAACACUGAGCUUGAAGCAAGAAACUGGCAAAGGCUCACUCACUUUAUGGGCUAUACUCCUGAUAAAAAGCUGUGGACUGUAGAUUUAUAUAAUGGGAACAUCUACAGAGGAGAAACACCCUCACCAGAAAAUCCAGUAUAUUUGAAUAAUGUCAAUUAUUUAGGAUGGCACUAUAAUAUGUACAGAUGUUUGGCUUUUACCAAAGAUAGAACAAUUAAAAAUAUUAUCAGCUUUGAAUUCCUGAUUGACCAGGGGGAAAAAUCAUCUGAAACCCCUGAAGUGUUGGAGGAGAAGAUCUACGACAACAGAAAAAGCACUUCUACUCUGAGACACACCUUCACGCUCAAGAAAACUAUAAAGCAGUCCAGCAGUUUUUCUCAUGAUCAUGGAUUUACUUUUGAAAUGGGAGUUGAGACGACUGUUAAGAGUGGAAUUCCAUGUAUUGCGGAAGCAGGAGUGACUGUAAGCAUGAAUACGAGCACCACCCAUAACUGGAGCUUCACAAAGACCAAUGAGACCGAGUCCACCUUCGAAUCAAGCACAGAAGUAGAGCUGGAGGCCGGUAAAGCCAUUCGGAUGGUGGCCUCAGUGUUAAAAGCUCAACUUACCGUCCCUUACAAGGCCAAGGCCCGGACCAUGUUUGGCGCUGAGGUUGAAGUUAUGGGAAAGUGGUUUGGGGUCUCACAUUACAACCUGAUGGUUAGGCAGGAGGAUUUCAACAAAUAGAUAAUCACAUGUCCAAGGAUUUUCCACUUCGAAAUCAUAAGGAUUAAUUUACAUUAACAAUUAAUUAAGAAUGAUUCCAAUGAUUAUGCUUUGUGCAUAGAGUCAUAGAAAAAUAUAUUAAAUUGUUUAAUUGGUCUCCAAUAUUAAUGACCAGAAAAUCCCUACUUCAAUGGAGGAGAGCUGGAGAGAUCCACAGGCUUAGAUUAGAUACAUGAAUA